UCCUUCCUUCCUUUACAGUAGAUUUUCUUGUUGUUCACCACAUUAAACUUACCAGCAUUUCUUAAGGACCCCAUACAUACUCAGUUGAAUUGUGUACAAGUAUGGAGGGUAUGAUGUGUUUACUAGGUGCAGAGUUGCACAUUAAUUCAGUUACUGAAAAUGCAAGGCAAAUUGAGGCCUGUUCAAGCUAUGUAUUGUAAGACAUGAUGUAUUUACUUAGUGCAGAUGCUGCCAUUGUGGUGUAAAUGUCUCCUGGGAUGUGACAGACAGUACAGCAAAAUGCAUGAAUCUUUAUGCACUUUUUUUUUAUGAACUCUCAUGUCCAAGAAAGAGAGAGCACGUCCUUUUAUUACUUUGUUGGCAUUGUAAGGAAAUUCAUCUAAAAUUAAUAUUUACAGUUGAUUCCACAGAUAACAGAAAGAUUGAAAUUGUUCUGGAAGGAUAUAAAAUUAUAUAUAUUAUUUUUCUUCUUUUAAAUGCUUGUUGGCUGCUAUACUUAAACUGAGUAGUAUAUAGCCAAAGUCCUUGGUUUGUUCAAACCAGUUUGUGUUGGCAGUUUGCCUGGUUCAAUUCAAUUUGUAUGAGGCCCUUUAGGAAGAGAGAAAAAUGAAAUAAUACAGAAAUAUGGAAUUUAGUUGUUUCAGGAAAAUGAUUGAGAAGAAAUAUGGAAUUCUAUUGUUUCUGGAAAAUAAUUGAACAGAAAUAAGGAAUUCUGUUGUUUCAGGAAAAUGACUUAAGCACGGACACAGCCUCUGAGGAUGGCAUGGCUCCUUGUACACCUAAACCAUCAUCCAAGGAAAGCAGAAUGGAAGAACGUCAAGAAACUCCUAUGGCUGAAAAUGCUGAGGUCAUGAAUAAUAAUGCAGAUCAUGACCAAGAUGAAACGAUGGAUCACGAUCAGCUUCAGGUAACACCAACAUCAAAGUUAGAUAGUAAUCCUGGUGAUCUAACAGCAUCACCAAAGUUAGAUAAUACUCAUGAUCAUGAAGAUGGAGAAACUCCCCCAACAUCAAACUUAGAUAAUUAUCAUGAUAAGAAUGAAAAAGGGGAAACUCUACCAACAUCACUAAACUUAGAAAAUAAUGAAAAAACUGCCCCAAAAUCACCGAAGAUAGAUGACCUCUGCAGUAAUGAAGAAGAGGGGGAAAGUCUUUGUUCUUUCUCAGUCAACCGUAGAAGUAGAAAUACCACCAAGAUGAAAAUAGAUCAUCUCCAUGGCCAGGAGGACAGACUUGCACAGGAACUGCUUCAAUUGCCAGCAUCAUCUCCAUCUUUGAUAAAUAUUAAAAACCAAGAUAACAGUGAGGAGGAAGAAAUAGAAGAAAAAGGAGAGGGAGAGGAAGAAGAAAAAUGUAAAGAUCUCUCUCUCAAGGCUGCUGACAUUGAGGCAAUACAGGAGUACAUUCAAAAGGCAAUACAGCUCGCACAAGACAAGGACCCUGACCUGGACCGAAGCAGCCACUUUGCUACGAGUCUUACAAAAGUAAUGAAGCUUUACACUGAUUUACUGAAGUGCAGAAAAUCAGAGGAGCAGUUUUUCACAUACUUCAGACCAAUAAAAGUAUCACCUCCAUCACAAUGUACUGCAAAUGAAGAAAAUUGUAGAGAUAGUAGUCAACACAUUAAAGAGGAAUCGAAGUUACAAGAAUUACAGCAAGUAUCAGAUCAGAAUCAAGAUGUUAACAAGAAUAAACAGACCAUCGAUCAUGACUCCAAAGCCAUCACAAUAAAGGAAGGAAUCAACUUGUGUGAGAUCAAAGAAGAAAUCAACUUGUGUGAGAUCAAAGAAGAAAUCAACUUGUGUGAGAUCAAAGAAGAAAUCAACUUGUGUGAGAUCAAAGAAGAAAAGAAAGAAUACAUAAAAGACGAGUAUUGCAUGUCUAUAAAAGAAGAACCUCUCUUUGAUGAACGCGAAUAUUUAGGUAGUAUAGAGUCCAUUCAAGAGCAAAUGAAAGAGGAGGUUUGUGUAGACUUUAAGCAGGGCCCUUUGUUUCAUAGAGUGGACCAUGAGUGCAAAAAUGGUGAUGUGAAUGAAAACAGCAGCUCUGCUUUCCAAGAUUUUGAAAGCUGUGUAGAAGAUCUUCCUGGAGGACUCACAAGUUACUUAGGUGAAUUAAUUAAUUUGAAAAAUAGAAACAGACACACAAAUUAGCUAUGUAAUAAUAUAAUGUAUAUAAUUUUCAAGUAUUUGGGCUAUGUAAGUACAAACUGUCAUUUAUAUUUUUUGCAAUUUUGUAAUAUGACCCAUUUAUACAUUAUACUAUCAUAGGUUUGAAAAAAAAAUCCUAUUGAAUAUAUAUUUAUAUAUUUUUUUGUUUAUUCACAUGAAUAAUGGAGUAAAGUUUGUUUUACCAGUUGGAGAACAAACAUUAAGGAUAUAUUGAAGUUACUCUCAAGUAUGUCUUUCAAACAAGUUUAGUAUUUAUAAAUAUAUACUUAUGCAGUAAGGCUUUAAUCAGUUCAUUAAUAAAUUAUAUUUCUAUGCA